AUGGUAGACCACAUAACUUGGGACAAAGACACAGUAACCCGCCUGAGGGAAGUUAUCAAGUCUGGCGAUAGAGUCGAGCUAGAGAGGAGUGGCGAGGUUGUCCUUCUCUCAGCGGCUGCACAGCUGACAGUUGGGAAGCUGUCGCUGAUCAGAGAUGUCAAGUUAGAGUCGUCAAGUGAGGACGCUAUGAGUAAACUCACUCGUUGGGCAAUACAAAGGCUUGUGGUGAAAAGUGAGUCAGCACUGUGGAGGGAUCAUUAUGGACAUUCUCGCGAUUCNNNNGUGAAUAGCAGUGGUCGGUAUGUAUCAUUACGAGACCGGCGACGGCAGUUGGUGAUAGGACAGCAGAGUGUCCUCUAUGGUGUCCAGAGACCUCCAAACUAUGUCGUCUACAGCCAUGGCGUCUAUACUGGUUCUAAUAAUGGUGCUUACGAGAUGAUUCACAUAAGCCAGAUCGACAGUCAAUGGCUGGUUGAUGUAGCGCCUACUCUUUAUCGACCUGUCAAGCGUAAGUAA